CCAAGCAGCCUUGUGGUUCCUUCCAUCUCACCGUAGGAAGUUGACUUCGCGUUAGAACAUCCAUGGCUACCUUCCGUGCGCUGCGUACGGGGAGCAGAGGACGCGGACGAGGCUGGGCCGAGAGAGAUGCGUCCCGCGUUGCCAACCCGUCCCUUGCGGGGGAGGGUGCUAGUGGUAACGUAGCGGCUGGGAGCUCGCUAGCGGCUGAUACGGAGAAGCUUUAUUUCGAUAGCUACGCGAACCUGGGAAUUCACCAGGAGAUGAUUCAGGACGAGGAGCGCACGUGCGCGUACCGGGACGCGCUGAUGCGGCACGCGGAGCGCAUCCGCGGCAAGGUGGUGGUGGACGUGGGGUGCGGCACGGGCAUCCUCAGCAUCUUCGCCGCGCGGGCCGGCGCCCGGAAGGUGUAUGCCAUUGACGCCAGCGACAUCGCCAUCCAUGCACAGCAGGUGGUGCAGGCCAAUGGGCUGGCUGACGUCAUCACAGUCCUUCAUAAGAGAGUGGAGGAGGUGGAGCUAGAGGAGAAGGCGGAUGUGCUUGUAUCGGAAUGGAUGGGGUACAUGCUGCUCUACGAGACAAUGCUGCCUGCUGUCAUAACGGCUAGGGAUCGCCUGUUGAAGCCAGGAGGCCUCAUCCUGCCAUCGCAUGCCACCCUGUUCAUUGCGCCUGUGUCGUGUGAAGACAGGUUCGAAGACGGCACGGCGUUCUGGCGCGAUGUGCACGGCAUAGACAUGUCCGCGUUGGUGCCCCUGGCGAAGCGGUGCUACUUCUCGGACCCGUGUGUGGAGAGCAUCACUGCGGAGCACGUGCUGGGGGACCCCGCUGUGGUGAAGCGCAUAGACUGUGCGACGGUCACAGAGGAGGACCUGCAACUUGUUCAGGCUGAUUUCUCCUCCAAGUCCAUGAUAGUGUCGCCGCUCACCGGCUUUGCCUUCUGGUUCUCGGUGGAGUUCAACGACCAUCCCACCACACUCCCUUCGCACAACCAUGCUCAACCACCCGCCGCCUCUCCUGCUGCUGCCACUCCUGCUGCUGCUGUUACUGAGAUUGACGGUGCUGCUGUGGCGGCAGCAGCGGCAGCGGCUGGGACGGCCGGGGCAUGUGGGGUGGGUGGGGAAGGUGGGGCGGGUGAGACUGCAGAUGCGAUGGUGACGGACAGUGUGGUGCUCUCCACGGCACCGGAGGACCCGCCAACACAUUGGAUGCAGACAGUGCUCUAUGUGGGAGAGAUGUACCCCGUACACCAGGAUGACGUCAUCAGCGGCCAUGUCUCCAUUGCUCCCAAUAAGGAGUGCAACCGCUUCCUCGAUAUUGAUCUGUCUUACAAAACUCCCACCACCACUGGUUCCAAGACCUUCAUCAUGCGCUGAAUGGUACCAAUUCGAUCAUCGAGGGACGUACAUGUAUCACACCCUUAUUUUCACAAGAAUUCCUAUCAGCAAUAAACUUAUGAGAAUGAAUUGUGUCAUAACUUCGCUUUGUGGCAUCACAAUGACGACUUAUCUCGACAUUUUUGUGUAAGAGUA